GAAGUUUUACUCCUUGCAUGUUUGGUUACAGAAAUACAACCUUAUUCUUACCUUUCAUAUAGUAUAAUCCAGCACUUGAUGAUAACGGAUACUUUCCGAUAUCCGACUCGACAUUCUCGGCAACACACUAAUUUUUAAUGAUGGAACCUUGCACUGUUCUAUAUCUUGCACCAGGUUGUUGACAGACUUUAUUGAAGCUUCAGGAUAACCUUUCUGUUCUUUUUUCUUUCAAAGCACCUUAUCUAUUCAUCAGCGUUGAUGCUCAGGACACUGGGGUGAAGAUAUUAGGCAUAAACAGAAAAGUUUCGACAUUUGUCUUUAAGCCGAAUCCUAUCGGCUUGAUUUCAAUCCAUCGAAGUAUAAUUCACAGGUGCUACCAUCCAGAGUGCUUGAUCACCCCUUAAAAAAACUGACUACAAGGUAAACAGACGGACACGUGGAAUAUUAAUCGAAAUGAAAUCGAUGAACAGCUUGAACUUUUUAAAUUAGGAAACAGAGCGGAGGGAGUUAUGCUUUGAUAGAGGCCGUAGAAGCCAUGAAAUACAAGUGCCUCCUCGGACUGGUAAUUGGCUGCUUAAGCUUUCUCACUUCUAUAGUGUGGUGCUCAGAAGACGAAGAGAGGUUGGUUCGCGACCUGUUUCGGGACUACAACAAGCUCAUCCGUCCCGUGGAGGCGAUGAAUCAGACGGUGAUCGUAGAGUUCGGACUCUCCUUCAUCCAGCUCAUCAACGUUAAUGAAAAAAAUCAAAUUAUGACGUCCAAUGUUUGGCUUCAAUUGACCUGGAUGGACUAUCAGUUGGUGUGGGAUCCUGCGGAUUAUGGUGGAAUCAACGUCUUGCGACUACCCCCAGACAAAGUCUGGAAACCAGACAUAGUCCUAUUCAACAACGCUGAUGGCAACUACGAAGUUCGCUACAAGUCGAACGUGCUCAUCUAUCCGAACGGCGGGGUGAUGUGGGUCCCCCCCGCCAUCUACCAGAGCUCGUGCCGCAUCGACGUCACGUACUUCCCCUUCGAUCAGCAGAAGUGCGUCAUGAAAUUCGGCUCCUGGACCUUCAACGGGGACCAGGUCUCGCUCAAGCUCUACAACGACAAUGACUGGGUGGACCUGUCUGACUACUGGAAGAGCGGCACUUGGGACAUUGUCGAAGUGCCAGCCUUCCUCAACGUCUACAACAACUCCAAGUACGGAAAGGUGACUGAAACGGACAUCUCGUUCUACAUCACCAUACGUCGCAAGACGCUAUUCUACACCGUGAACCUGAUCCUCCCGACUGUGCUAAUCUCCUUUUUGUGUAUCCUGGUGUUCUACUUGCCAGCAGAAGCCGGCGAAAAAGUGACGCUGGGCAUCUCCAUCCUGCUGUCACUCGUGGUCUUCCUGCUGCUAGUUUCCAAGAUCCUACCCCCGACAUCGCUUGUGCUGCCCCUCAUCGCCAAGUACCUGCUCUUCACCUUCCUCAUGAACACCGUCUCCAUCCUGGUCACCGUAAUCAUUAUAAAUUGGAACUUCAGGGGACCCAGGACACACAGAAUGCCUAAUUGGAUCCGAGUCGUGUUUCUUCAAUACCUGCCCGCCAUGCUCUUUAUGAAGCGUCCCAAGAAAACCCGCCUCCGGUGGAUGAUGGACCUUCCCGGAGUGUACCACCAGCACUACCACCCUUCGCACCCUCCACCGCGGAGCAAAGUGGAGCUCCUGGACGUCCACCACCCCAACUGCACCGUUGCCCGAGCCCUGUCCGGAAGCAUCUCGUCGGAGAGUAACACCCUGGUGCUGUCUUCUGAGGCAUACAAGGCGACCGAGGCGGUGGAAUUCAUAGCAGAGCACCUCAGGAGUGAAGACGAGUACAUACAGAUUCGUGAAGACUGGAAAUAUGUGGCAAUGGUAAUCGAUCGCCUGCAGUUAUACAUCUUCUUCUUGGUCACAGCUGCUGGAACCGUGGGCAUACUUUUGGAUGCCCCGCACAUUUUCCAGUACGUAGACCAGGACGCCAUCAUCGAGAUGCACAAGGGAAAAGCCUCCAGAUGAAAGAUCUCCUGCAAGGCGUCGGAUAUAUCCCUUUUUGAAAUUCACGUGGCUUUUCUGCGAGCAGUGAGCCAGCUGAAAAAAAAGCAUAAAAGAAAAGACAUAUUUGAAAAAAAUAACCAUGAAAGAUUUUUGCUCAAUACCGACUUGCACUUAACAAACAACUGAAUGAAGUCGUCGCAGCGCGUUUGCCAGCGCUCCUAUCGGCAAAUUUUGGUGCAUUUUCUUUGUUUUUUCUUCUUUUCUCUACCUCCGCUAUUUGGACAAAGGAGGACAUUUUUUAAAACUUGGAACAUCGAUGCGUGGUUUGGAGAAUUUAGGGAAGAAAAAAAAAGAAGCUUGAAGUUGUUGCUCUGUUAUUUCU